UUGUUUACAAGCAAUUUAUAACUCCACAUCAUUUUAGGUCAAGACUGAAUUAUGAAAUAGUAUUUUUUAAAAAAUUAUUUUUAUUAGAAACACAAAUGCCAUAUUGCGAUCAUGAGCAAUACAUGCAAAAAAACGCAGAGCAUGCCUCGUUCAUGAUUUAAAAGAAUUUUAAGAUGCCUGAACCGGUAAAAAUUAUCGAAUGGGAGCAUUUGGACAGGAAAUUUUAUGUCUUCGGUCCAACUUUGUUUUGCGGUAUUCGUGCUUUAUAUCCGGCGAAUUUGGUGAAAACAAGACUUCAAGUGCAAAAGAAACGUGGCAUGUACAAGGGAACAUUUGAUGCUUUCAGGAACAUACAGAAGCUAGAAGGAAUUCGUGGUUUUUACAAAGGAUUUUUGGUGAGUAAUUUUUCCGUCCUAUCCGGACAAUGCUACAUCACUACCUAUGAGUUAGUUCGUCAAAGGACAUCUAAAUACAACGUGGCUAUUCGUGGGUUUCUUUCGGGUGGAUGUGCAUCGGUUGUUGGUCAAACUAUAACUGUGCCUGUUGAUAUCAUAUCUCAGAAACUCAUGGUGCAAGGCCAAGGUCAGUGUAGUAAAAGUAUCAAAUUAAAAGGUGCCGGAGUCAUAAUUAAAGAAAUACUUGAGACCUCUGGACCUAAGGGGUUUUACAAGGGAUUUGGAAUAUCAUUAAUGACUUAUGGACCAACAAGUGGUCUAUGGUGGGCUGCUUACUCUUCUUACCUUAGCAUUUGGGGCAAUUUGGUUCCUGAAGGAACGCCGUCCAUAGUGGUUCAAGGGGUUUCUGGACCACUGGCUGGAUUAACAGCUGCCAUGGCGACCAAUCCUCUUGACGUUAUCCGAACUAGACUACAGGUGCACGGAGGAAGUUCUGUUGUGACCGUCAUAAGAGAAUUAAUUAGAGAAGAGGGUGUUACUGGCUUUAGCAAAGGCAUGACUGCACGAAUCGCAGCAAUGAUGCCAUCAAGUUUAUUAAUCACACUAGGCUAUGAAACACUCAAGAAAUUGAGCUUAAGAAGAGACCUUGUUGAAUCAGGAGAUUUCGUAAUCAAAUAAUUUUGCUACUUUGUAUGACAACAGUCAAUAAUAGUUUUACCUAAAAUUUUAAAUAUACAAUUAUCCCAGAAUUGCCAUAAUAUCCCAGAAUGCCCCAAAACUGCAUUUUGUAAUAAAUAUGGUGUGUAAGUAACAGUGAUUGUUACAAAUAAAUUACCACUGCCGCCUUCUAAUGGCCAAUCACGCGGCAUUUUUUACGCGGAUGUUGUUAA